UACUUCUAUAUGCAAGCACACGGCGCACCACUUGCGGACGAAAUCUGACGUAGCAACUUAAAAUUAAAAAAAAAAAAAAAAAGCGGAAAACAUGAAAAAGUGGGAAAUGGAAAAGUAGCUUCCUUCAGAAGCUUUUCACCAUUUCAGAAAGUCCCGUACGUAGUUCUUCCGCGAGAGCUUCUCCGACCAAUCACGUACAAUUUCUGAUGAAUCUUCUCCACCAUUUUCAGUGUGACGACCAACUCUCUCAUCAGUUAAUUUUAUUUUCAUCUAUCUGUCACUUUCUCUAUUUUAAUCCUCAAGUGGUCUCCAUUUUUUUGACAGGUUUGAGGUUUCUCAAGUGAUCUCUGUUCUAGUCCAUUUUAUACCAUUAGAGUACAUGGUAAUCUCAGAAGGAAAAUCUCACGUAGCAUUCGAGUUUCAGAUGUAAAAAUGUGCUUCCCAAAAAGUGUACAUAGCUGCUGAUCGAGGAAACCAGUAGAAGAAGGGGGGGUUGAGGCUGCGUUGGUUGGUUUCCUGAAAACAGGAGAGAUUGAGGCUAGAGUGAGGGUCGGAAGCUUGUUGGAAUAGAAGAUGGAGAAAGGGAAGGAGCAUGCAUCUUCCUCUACACCUCCUACCGCACAUCCAGAAAUAAAUCCUCUGUCCCAGGCGAUACCAAUACCAUUUUAUCUGGGUUUGUCAAACUAUAUGCAUGGUUUCCAUCCACCAAUGCAUCAUGCGUGGUUACCACCAUUUGUGGAGCAUCCCGAUGCAAACCCAUCUACAUGGACUAGUCAGGGAAAUCCACUGCCCCCAUUUCACUCAUCAGCUUUCUCUCCGAUUGGUGCUCAGUCGACAACUUCAAGCCAUGUCGAUGAAAUCCAACAUAUGUCACCCGAGUCUACUGGAAAAAGUUUGUCGACUGAGCCUUCCAUUCAUGAUACUGUUGAACCCAAUGAUGCCGAUCAGUCCGGGGAUAAUGUUGAACUCAAAGAUGCCGAUCAAUCAGGGAGUACAAAUAUUGAAGGGGCCGAUAUCGUUGAGGAGCCAAAAUUGGGAAUGGUGUUUAAAUCUGAAGAGGAGUUACUUUCUUACUAUAAACGAUAUGGGCAACAAUCCGGUUUUGGGAUUAUGACACAAAGGAGUCAUAGGUUUGAGGAUGGGAGCAUUAAAUAUGUCACAUUGGGUUGUGCUCGUGGUGGGAAGGCACGAAACCGUACGACAAAUGUUGCGAGGCCGCAUCCGACAUCAAAGACAGAAUGUAAGGCACGGAUAAAUGUGAUGUUUAAAAAAGGGGUGUUGAAGGUGUCGAGUGUUAACAAUUCCCAUAAUCACGGCCUAAGUCCACAAAAGUCAAGGUUCUUUCGCUGUAAUAGAGAAGUGAGCGAGUCUGUUAAAAGAGUGCUAGAUAUAAAUGAUCAGGCUGGGAUCAGAAUGAACAAGAGUUUUGCCUCUCUUGUUCAAGAAGCGGGUGGGUUUGAGAACUUGCCAUUCAUUGAAAAAGACUGUCGUAAUUACAUUGACAAGGCACGCCACCUUCGACUAGGAAAAGGUGGCGCUGGAGCCCUCCGUGAGUACUUUACUCGGAUGCAAUAUAAGAAUGACGGGUUCUUUUCAGUAAUGGAUAUGGAUGAUGACGGGCGGUUGAGAAAUGUAUUUUGGGCGGAUGCACGAAGUAGGGCAGCUUACAAAUAUUUUGGAGAUGUCGUCACAUUCGACACGACGUAUUUGACAAAUAGAUAUGGGAUGCCGUUUGCACCGUUUGUUGGUGUAAACCACCAUGGUCAGUCAAUUCUUUUGGGGGCAGGAUUAAUUUCUAGUGAGGAUACAGAAACGUUCACAUGGUUAUUUCAGACUUGGUUGACUUGUAUGGAUGGUAAAGCUCCCAAGGCUAUUAUCACGGAUCAAGAUCGAGCCAUGAAAAAUGCUAUUAGUCUCGUCUUUCUAAACGCCCGACACAGAUUUUGCUUAUGGCACAUAUUGAAGAAAUUGCCAGAGAAGCUAGGUUCAUAUGGUGCAUACAAAACUGGUUUGAAAAGCCAGUUGCAAAACUGUGUGUAUGACUCUCACACGAUAGAGGAGUUUGAGGGCUCUUGGCAAGUGUUGAUUACGAAGUAUAACUUGCAGGAGAAUGCGUGGUUGAAGAGUUUAUACGCUGAGCGUACGUGUUGGGCACCAGUGUUCAUGAAAGAAGUUUUUUGGGCUGGAAUGAGUACAACCCAACGAAGCGAAAGCAUGAAUGCAUUUUUUGACGGGUAUGUUCAUGCUAAGACAAACUUAAAAGAGUUUGUCGAUCAGUUUGAUAAUGCAUUGAGGAAGAAGAUUGAGACUGAAAGUGAGGCAGACUUCCAGUCAUUCAACGUCACAAUUCCCGUUGUCUCUCCCUCUCCACUUGAGAAGAUUUUUCAAGAGAUAUAUACUUGCAAUAAAUUUAGAGAAGUUCAGAAAGAAGUUAUAGGAAUGCUUGCAACUCUUCCAGCUCUACACCGGAAGGAUGGUGUAAUUGCAACGUACCAUGUAGAAUGUGAAGUGAAUGCCGAUGAAUUCAUGAAGGAGGUGACUCACACAGUGUACUUUAAUGAGGCCGAAUGUGAAGUGAAGUGUUCAUGUGCCUUGUUUGAGAUGAGAGGGAUAUUGUGUAGACAUGUAUUAGGCAUUAUGAGAGUUAACAAAGUCCGUUCGGUUCCUGAAAAGUACAUACUAGAUCGAUGGAGAAAAGACAUAAAAAGGACAUACACUCUUAUACCUUCUUCUUAUGACUUAGUUGAUCAGAGGCCUGAAGUUAGCAGAUAUUCACGUAUCAUCAGGAAAUGUUACGAAGUAGCCACAAAUGCAUCGUCAUGUGAUGAGCACACUGAGGAUAUGCUAGCUAAACUAGAUGCAAUGAACUUAGGCUACCGCACCAACUUGCCGCCCUCGAAGGUUGUAGUGAUUCAUGCCGACUCAACCACAGAAGCGAGUUAUAAGAAAGUGCUGAGUCCUCAUGUAGUCAGAGGAAAAGGUAGACCUCCAUCUCUUAGAAAGAAAUCAAUGAUUGAGAAAGUAAAACCCACGACGAAGAAGGCUAGUCGUGGAGGAAAGCGUAAACAGGUUACCACUGAGUGCACUGUUCUGAAUUUUUUAGCUUUUAAGUCAUAUUUUUACGUGGUGAUAUAACUGACAUAUAUAAAUUGCAAUUUAUUCCCACGCUUAUACCUGGUUUUGUUGGCUUUGUAGCCACAUGGAAUAGAAGGCGAAGUUGUUGGAACGUGCAGGAAUUUAUUUAGCCAAACAGUUGUUGGAACACAACAAACUGUCCCAGUUGAGCCAAUACAAAACACUACCGAAGUGUUAAAUGUUAGUGCCACCGAGUUUGGCUUUGCAGUGAAUGAGACUCAAGAAAGUAUCUUGCUUGGGAUGGAUGGAACCCAACCGGGUAGCUUGCGUGAGACACAACCAUCACAAUGAGCCACUUUAUGGGGAAGAGUACUGUACAGCAGAACGAAGGGGAGUCAACCCAAAUCUGACCACCAUAUAAUGAUGUAUUGCAACAUUAGUUUUGAAGGAUAAGGGCUAAGCUAUGCAGAUGGUGAUGGUGUAUUUUUUUUUUAUGGGUUGUGUAUAAUUAUAUUAGUGGAGGUGUUGUAAUUAUUUUUUGCUGGUUGGAAGUACGCAUGUAAUGAUUUUUUGAUGGGUAGUGUAUAGCAACAUUAGUGAAGUUGUUGUAAUUAUUACUUGAUGUUGGAAGUAGGCAUGUUAUGAUUUUUCAUUUGGGUAGUGUAUAGCAACAUUAGUGAAGUUGUUGUAAGCCUCUCUUGAUGUUGGAAGUAGGCAUGUAAUGAUUUUUUGAUGGGUUGUGUAUAGCAACAUUAGUGACGUUGUUGUAAUUACUACUUGAUGUUGGAAGUAGGCAUGUAAUGAUUUUUUGA